CCAAAAACUCGCGUGCCCAUGCGAUUAGAUUAGAUGCCUAUGUCUAUGUGCUAGGUUUUUAAAGCUUCCACUGGAAAUACAUGUUGCCUAGUCGUAAACCUGUAUCGCUCAGUUAGAGACCACCACUGGACGCGGCUGCUUCUAUACUUUGCGGCUCGCUGGCUGACCGAUAAGGCAUUGAGAAUGUGGAUGGAAAACGGAAGACUCUGGGGAACGCUGCACGACGGCAAAUUUGAGGUGCGCAGUGUCACUCACUCCGACCUGGAAGAGGCGCUAGAUGUUCUUGACGGCUCAUUCUUUAUUAACGAAUCGGUGUGUGUUGCCUGUGAAAUUAAUUUGCCGGAAAACCGCCAAGCUCGUUUGGAUUUGCGAGAGUUGUGCAGAAAAACCGCUCUGGAUGGUGUCUCAUUGUUGGUCAAAGAGGCGGAUACUGGACGUGUGGUGUCCGUGUCGUUUAAUAAAAUUCAGUAUGCACCACCACCUGGCGAGGAUCACUUCUUUUUGAAAUUCCGGAACGAGGAAGUUAAAAGUCCUCAGGCAAGGCGUCUAAUGGACUUCAUGAUCGAAGUGGAUGAAAGAAUUGAUGUGUGUGCCAUGUUCAACAUGGUGUGCUUCUGUGAACUGAUGUUUCUGGCCACUUUACCGAGCCACGAGCGAUUGGGAUUGGGUCGAUCGUUGUCCCAGUUCACAAUUGAACUGACCAAGGAGCUGGCCGAAGGAAAGGGCCUGGAGGAUAUCGAUGAAAAACUAAGAUCACAACGCCCAGCUGCAGUCACCGCACUCUGGACCUCCAGUUUCUCUCAAAAAGUUGGAAAAGCCACAGACUUUAAAGUGAUCAACACCGUUUCUUAUUCGGAAUUUGAGUACAAUGGGCAGAGAUUUGACGAGCGAAUUAAUCCAAUUCACAAGUUUUGCGAACAUGUCAUCUAUAAAUUUUAAAAUAUAAAAGCACAUUUUUGUAAAAAAU